GGUAUCUUCAACUGAUGCUGAAGCAACAACAGAGUCUGAUAUAACAGCUACUAGUUUCACAACUGAAACGAUAUCUCCAACUGAUGCUGAAGCAACAACAGAGUCUGAUAUAACAGUUACUAGUGUCACAACUGAAACGAUGUCUCCAACUGAUACUGAAGCAAUAACAGAGUCCGAUAUAACUGCUACUAGUGUCACAACAGAGGCGGUAUCCCCAACUGAUACUGAAGCAACAACAGAGUCUGAUAUAACUGCUUCUAUUGUCACAACUGAAGCGGUAUCUCCAACUGAUACUGAAACAAAAACAGAGUCUGAUGUAACAGCUACUAGUGUCACAACAGACACGGUAUCUCCAACUGAUACUGAAGCUACAACAGAGUCUGAUAUAACUGCUUCUAUUGUCACAACAGACGCGGUAUCAUCAACUGAUACUGAAGCUACAACAGAGCCUGAUAUAACUGUUACUAUUGUCACAACAGAGCCGGU